GUGCUGUUGUUGCUACACAGAGACCUGGGCAGCUCAGGUGCUCUGUGCUGAAAUCACUGAUUUUUAACCAACCAGUUCCAGGAAAAGGACCUUCAAUCAGGAGAAUUGGUCGCUGCUGUUUCCUUGCUGCAUUGGAAGGGAAAUAAUGCUCCAUUCCACGCUGGCCUUGUCCCUKCUGCUAAUUGCAGUCACUUCCAACCUUGCGAUGGCAAUUAAAAAGGAAAAACGGGCACCUCAGACACUGUCAAGAGGGUGGGGAGAUGAAAUUACCUGGGUACAAACUUACGAAGARGGGCUUUAUCAAGCAAAGAAAAGUAACAAGCCACUGAUGGUAAUUCAUCACUUGGAAGACUGUCAAUACUGCCAAGCACUGAAGAAAGCUUUCGCAGAAAAUGAAGAAAUACAGGAAAUGGCCCAAAAUAACUUCGUUAUGCUGAAUCUCAUGCAUGAAACCACAGAUAAAAACCUGUCACCUGAUGGACAAUACGUGCCUCGAAUCAUGUUUGUAGACCCUUCUCUSACAGUCAGAGCUGAUAUCACAGGAAGAUACUCCAACCGGCUUUACACCUAUGAACCACAGGACAUGACGUUCCUAAUAGAGAACAUGAAGAAAGCACUACGCCUCAUUCAGACAGAACUGUAACCAGCAACAGUGAAAUGACCAUAACCUCUACAUGAUGAAGCUGCACCUCUCUGUCUCUACUUGCAAACUGAACUUUUACCAAGCUGAUUUGGUAUACCAGAAUCCAUAAGAAAUGUAUACAUACAACUUGGAGAACAAACAUAGAAAGACUAUCACACCCAUUUGGGAAAAAAGAAGAGAAAUAUAUUCAAGACUUUGAAAUUAAUUACCUAAAUUACUGAAAAUGAUGAUUUAAAGUGCAGCAAAUUUGAGCUGUGUUUUAGCAAU